AUGAAAGCAAUCAGAUGUAAAUCAAGCAGCCAAGUUAGCAGUCAAGUCAUGGUUCGCUUAGGACUUCUGAUCAUUUACCUGGUUGUGGUGGCCGCCCAGAAAAAAAGCGAUAUUGCCUAUCAAAUAUUUCGUGGCGAUAUCGAGAAGUAUGAGCUUUGUGUAAAGUUAAUAAGGGUUUGCCGCAACGUCUGGGACAUAGCGCCCGAUUAUCCCGAUGGAGACGAGGCAACUCCUGGGGAAAAACAGGUUAAAGAUGACGAAAAAGCUGAUUACAGAAAGGGAAACUGCGUACCGACGGGUCUCUCGACCUAUGGAGAAAAACUGUUUUGGGAAAUGGCCGCCAAAUGGCAGAAAUACAUUGACGACAGGUUCCUAAUCCAAAAUCUUUUCCUGGUGAUUAAGACGACCGAAAAAGGCCGGAAUACCAAGGUGGCAUUUGGGAAAUGGCAAGGUUGGUGCAAUAGAACCGAUAUUUCUGACGAAACGACCGAGCCAACAGAUGAAGAUGGAUCAAACAUAUCGGAUUUUAAUGAGAGAGAGCAUAGCGGAAAACACUGCGAUGAAAAAAGUCCAUUUGGCAAAUGGAUUUUUAGCGAAAUCAAAGCAAGCCUGAGGUUAGGUCAAAAUAUGAAGAGAUUUUCGGAGGUCUUAGCAGAACUUGAGAAGGAUGCCAAGAAUAAAUGCUGUCCCUACGAUUCGGUCAGAGAUCGAUUGGAAAUCAUACACGAUGGCCUUGAUUUUCUACGGGAACUGCAGGGCAUAGAACCCACUGCCAAACCAGAGUACACUGAUAUAAGUUCAGAUCUUUCCAGGCUCAAAAACAGAUUCGCGAACUUAAACAGGGUAAUGUACUUAAGAACCGGUGCCAAUUAUUCAACAGGGAAAUGUUGCCCCAACAUUUUGAGUAAGCUGAACGAUGUAAAAAACAAUUUUGAAGGUAAUAUUAAAGAUUUAGAAUCACAGAAACCAAGCUUUAACUACCAGCCAUUGCUUGAUACGGAGAAAAGCUUAGAAGAAAUUAUUUUCAGUCAACUGAAAGCUAUUCGUCAGCUUGAAAGUUCUCUUGGAGAUCAGCAUAAUAAGGAUAAUUGUUGUAAAGAUGAAAAAGAACAGAUUGACAACAUAGAAACAAUUUUACGAGACCUAAACCUCGAAAAUGCCCUUAAAGAUUUAUCAAAACUAAUAGAUCCCUUAAAAGAAAGACUAGCUAAUAUCAAUAAAACACUUUCAGUAACGGAAAAUCAACUUACCUUGAAAAACAAAAAUCUUCAGAAACUAAGUUCCUUAUACGAAAAAGGAUGCCUUCAAAAGGGCGCAUUUAUUAAGAAUCUACAUUCAAAAGUGGACAACUUGGAACACAAAAUCAAUAAUAUGAGUUCAAUAAAAUCCGUAAAUUGGCCAAAACUUAAAAAAUCUUUGGAGGCAAUAAACGAAAUGGUUAAACAAAAUUCUUCGGUAUUAACUAAUAUCACAAUUGUUAAAACGACAAUUAAAGAGACUCGUUUUGAAGGCAAGGCAGACUUUGAUUUGGAACUCAAGAAUUUAAGUUCAGUAAGAUUUUGUUCAAAUGAUUCUAUAAAAUUAAAAGCGCGUUUGGAAAAAAUUAAUAAGGGUAAAAGUGAUACCAUAGCUUAUUAUGAGAAACAAGAAAACAUGGUCAAAAAGCGUUUUAAGGAAAUGCAAAAUCACCAAAAAGAUCUGGAACCUUAUGACCCAAAACAAAACAAAGGUAUAUCUCAACCAAAUGCUCUACAACUAGAGAUCAACCAACUAGAAAGGGAUAUUGACAAUUUAACAGAAAAUGGCAUAAACAAAUUGGACAGGCAACUGCAAUACACCCAUUUGAAAUUUGAAAUUGAAAAGGAACAAUUCGAUAAAAAAGUUCAAGAACAACUAAAAAAUAUAAAUCUUUUUAGAGAAGAGAUGAAAAGGGAACAAGAUCGGAUUGAUGAUCGCCUUGCCAAAUUAGCUGCAGGUAUUGAAACUCCUGAGGAAUAUGACGAGAAACUAAGUAAACUGGAGGCAAGUGCCCUGGAGUUUCCAAAACAGAUUCUGAGUUAUGAAAAGGAACUUUUGGACCGCAUCGAUGCAAUGGAACAGCAAUUAAAGGACCUGGACAAUGAGAUGGAAAAUACCGAGCACAGGGCAGACAUAUGCGACGCUGAAUGUGACUUUGGUGCUCUGGAUUCCGUGGACAAGCUGAUUGGAAGGGUUCAGACUGUCAGGGAAAAACUAAGUGCACGGUCUACUUUUAAACGAACUCUAAAGGGAAAGGUUGUUAAUAGAUCUAAGGUAAAGAAAACGGGCUGAUCUUAUCUGAAACAUUACGUUGAUAAAUAAAACGAAACCUAAA